GAACUGGCGGGGACCAAUCGUCAUUGGGGUGAUAUAAAUACACAGACUAAUCAGCCUGCAUGAGACGCAGGUGUGCGCCCCAAUCAGCGCACCCGCCAAGGCACCCGCACAGCUCGUGCUGGAGCGGCAGGAUCAUGACAAUACUCAAGGGAACAGCAGACCAAAGAGAGGGCAGUUUCCCCAAGGUGCUAAUGGUGUCCAUUGGUGAUUGGGUCCUCAGAAAAGUCAUCAAGAGGAAGUGUUGGUCCUCACCUCACUGGGAUGGUCCACUCCCAUGGUGAUAAAGAUAGCAGAACGUCCCACAUGGAUACACUUGUCCCACUGCAAGCCUGUGGCUCCGUUUUCAUUUUUCUAUUUCAUUGACAAGUAGCAGUUGAAGUCCGGCUACAAAGUGUGGGGUAGCAAUAGAAUUCAGCUGAUCCACGCUUGAGCAUGUUAGGUAAAGGAGAGCCACUAUUGGGACUGCUGGCCUUCGUGCUGUUCGGAGCAUGGCUCCUGCGCACUGGCCAGUCUGGGACUGUACGUGUUUGUCACUGGAUCUAUGGACAUGAAUCAUCAUGGAGCAAGGACAAUCACACCUCUCCAAUGGACACCAACGCCUGGUACUCUUAUGUGAAUAUGGUAUCCCUCCGUUGACAACCAAUGACAGAUCAACAAGUGUGGUGAAGCUGGAACUACUCAGAUGCCCCGCCAUGAAAAGAAGUCUGCAGCAGCGACGAGUCUGCCAAUGCCAGCAAUUCCACCUGCUGGUCCCAGACUUCAUUCCAGGCCAGGAGAGGAUGCAGACAGAAACCAUCUGAGGUCUUCAGGACGGACCGGAUCACCACCAUGAAGGUGCAUGGCUCGCACCAGCUCAACGCAUAGGAUUACUACGUCCUGGUCGAUCCAUAGAAGCAGAAGUGAGAAAAAGGGUAUCCACGUGCCCGUUAGCCCGCAGUCCAUCCUGGAGCUCGUAGCCCGGGUGCUAACUGACAAAAGCAAGGAUGUCAUGUUAUUCAGGCCCAAGAAGCUGAUUCGCACAUCUGCCACCCUGGUCCUCAGUUAUGUGAACAUCAGGACUUUGGCAGAGGGCGUGUGUCACUAUGAUCUCAACGAGGAAGAUGUCACCUGGCUGCAGGUCUUCAACGAGGAGUUUGCAAGGUUUUCCCCUUCUGCCACUGGAUGAAUUUGCCAUGGAGUGCUGAGCACCAUUGUCAUAACAACAUGAGACACAUUGUCAUAACAACAUGACACACACUACCGAGACACAGUAGGGCCUUGGUAUCGAGUAGAAUGAGAAUGUGGUGUGCGACGUGCCAGUUCCCCAACGGAGAGGACGACAACGAGAUGGUGUUCUGCAACAAGUGCAAUAUCUGCGUCCACCAGGUAUCCUGCCAAAGUGCCAAUUGUGCCCGAAAACGGACAAUGCUAUGAAGCCCACCUGCAGUGGAACCAAGUGGGUCUAUGUCAGCUGUGCCUUGUGGAUCCCAAAGAUGAGCAAUGGGAACCCGGAGAAGAUGGAGCCCGUCACUAACGUGUCACACAUUCCCAGCAACAGCCUCCACUCCGGCCUGGAGAUGACCAUCAUCACUCAGAACGACAAAGACAAGUUCAAGUACUACUGGCCUAAACACUCGGACCUUAAAGACUCUCUGGAGCGGGACUCCACCACUGAAGUUGAAAAUGAGGAAAGCGUCAGGAGCAAGAAGGGCAAGUUGAGAGGAAAGGUUGGAGGGGACAAUAAAGAGGACAUGGCUGCCCUCGGCCUCAUCCCUUUCGCCUCAUUGUCCCCCUCGUCGUUGCAGUCGUCCUUGUGUCUUGUUCGUAAAUGUGACCUGCAGGAAAAGCGUUUCAAUGUCAGCAAGAUGAAAUUGCAAGAGAUGGAGGAGGUCUUCUACCAGGGAAGGGAGGAAGUGGGCCAUCACCUCAAGAUGACACCCAAGACAGUUGACUUCCUGUACCAGUACUAGAAGCUGAAGCACAAAGCUAACUUCAACCACCUGCUGCUCAUGCCUAAGAAGGAUGAGGAGGACACCCUGGCCAGACGUGAAUACGAGGUGUUGCUGAGAUGACUGCAGCUAUUCACGCACCUCCGCCAAGACCUGGAGAGGGUGUGCAACCUGAUUUGCAUGGUGAUGAAGAUGUAAAGACUCUUGUUUGGAAAAAUAUGAGCGAUGGAGUGCAGGACAAUGGCCUGACUUUAAAUAGAUAAGGACUCCGCACUGCAGAGCUGAAGAAUCUCUUCUGUGUUUCCCCUUACAUACCAAAGUCUACAUGACUGUCCCAAUCACCAGCGAGGAUUACAUCUCUAAUCACGGCUUCCACUGUCAGUGGAGGCUGUGUGUUUAUCUCAACAUCAACCGUUGCCUUUCUCCUUACAUGUUUUGCGACUCCAGUACCAAGAAUAUCUACACUAGACUUGCUUGGGCUGCUGUGUACCCACACUUGAUGAGUUCAGAAAUGAGCAACGAUAUUCACCCACUGUUUAUUUAUGAUGAUGAUGAUGAUGAUUAUUACUAUUGGUCCUGGUUAACCUCUGGACCUUGGCAUGUUAUGAUGAAGUUCUUUGUAUCCGUAACUACUGAUCUGGGUUUGUUCUGCCUUUUCAUGAUGUGUAUAAUCUAUGAUGGUUCGAGCACGGUCAAAAGUUUUUGUGAACUAUGCCCUUCUACAACAAGUAGACCUUGAUUAUAUGCAGCUACAGCCAAAAGGAAACUUUUUGCCUUUUAUACGCCCAAGUAUAAAUUAUGAACUUUCUGAAAAUGCAACAGCCUUUUGAUGUCCCCACUCGUAUUUCCAAAAUGAUAAACAGGAGGGAAAUGUUAAAGAAAUCAUUCGUAUGUUCUUAUUAUGUACAUACUGUAGUUGGUUACACAUCACCACCUAACUUCUACCUUUAAACUCAUUGUCUUGAAAACAGAUGUCAUCAAUCAGACAGAUGUAGUCAAUCAAACAGUCACACACACACACACACAUACACUCAUCAUGUGAUUUAUGUGAAUAAAAAGAAGCUGCAAGGGGACACGAGUUGGAGUUGGUUGGAAGG